ACGAGCCAUCUGUUAUCCAGAAUCUUUCUACACCUUUUCCGGUUAGUCUCCAGCCGAGGAGACCAAUUCAUCUUAUUUGAAUUCAAUUUUUUUUUUUUAUAAAUAACGGAAAAUUCAAUCUUUCACCAUUGAUUAUUCAAGCUUUUGCGUCAUCUUUUGUAUUGACUCUUUGAAAUUCAAUACCGAAAUUUCCUAGAAGUUUCACAAAACCAAUUCAGCAAUUUCCAGAUUGCGUAGAAUUCGAUUUUGAGGCAGUGAACUGAAAAGAAUCUAAUUGAAUUCCCGAAACGAGUUAAAAAUGCAGAGUCAACUUGUGUGCAGCGGUUGUAGAACGAUUUUGCUGUACCCGAGAGGAGCGCCUAAUGUUCGUUGUGCCAUUUGUGAUACAGUUUCCCCUGUCCAACCUACGGGUAAUUAUUUCUUUUCGUUUUACUUUAUUCAUGUAUGUUGAGGCUUAUAAACAUGGUCGGACCUGAUUAAAGAGCACCCAAUGUCAGUUUCUGUUGGAAGUUAUAAGCAAUCUACUGUUGGAAUCAAUACACAACAAGACAUGAAUCCAAGUCAUCAAUCCGUGAGCACCAACAAGAAGCACAAAGUUAGUCCGGAUUGUUCUGUAACCAACUUCUGUAUUAUAACAGAAAGUCGUUAGUGUAUAUUCUGUUAGCUGCUUCUUCUUUCUCUUUCUGAUCCUCUUGUAUAUAUAGCUCAUGUACCUCUUCUGUAUUCUCACCAAUUCUAUCAAUAAAGAUUGUAUAAUUAAAGAUUGAAUUAAGUCCUUUCUUUCUUGAAACUCCACUGAGUUUAACAUGGUAUCAGACAGUUGAUCCUUUUCUUUUUCUGUUCUUUCUUCCGCUUCUGUUCUUUCUUCUUCUUAUGGCUACUACUCCUACAUCCACCAUUGAACCUACCAAUAAUCCUGCCAGCAUUUACUAUCUUCACCCAUCUGAUGUAGGCCAUAAGAUCAUCACUAAUGUCUUUAAUGGUUCUGGUUAUCGUGAUUGGAGAAAAGCUGUCAUUCUUGCUCUUUCAGCCAAGAACAAACUCACUUUUGUUAAUGGCUGGAUCACCAAACCCGCCAAAGAUUCUUCUGAUCUCAGUGCAUGGGGAAGAGUAAAUGAUGUCAUUAUUGGAUGGCUUUUAUCUGCCCUUGAACCUAGCAUUGCCAAGAGUGUAUAAUGGCACAAGAUUGCCAAGGAAAUCUGGGAUGAACUCCAUGAGAGGUAUGGUCGUUCUUCCAAUGCACAAUUAUAUUCCCUACAAGAAGAACUUGGGCAACUGACCCAAGAACCUGAUGUAACUAUUGCUGAUUUCUACACCAAAUUUAAGACCAUUUGGGAUGAACUGGACCAUCUCAACCCAUUACCUUCUUGUUCUUGUAACCUCACCCAAAAAUUCUACAAACUUCAACAAAAUCAAAGAUAAACUCAAUUUCUCAUGAAACUUGAUCCCAAAUACACACAAGUUCGCAGCAGUAUCUUAAUGAUGCCUGAGCUACCCACUAUUGCUCAGGCCUAUCAAAUCCUUGACCAAGAGCAACAACACCAAAGUCUCAGCAAAUUGCAUGACUCACAACUUGAAUCAUUGGCUUUCAAUGCUGACAAAAAGCCAUCCUAUGAGAGACCCAGAGCAUCUGUUCUUAUUUCUUCUAGCCACAGAUGAGAUAAACCCAAAGUUUCUGGCACCAAACGUUCUGGUUCCUAUUCUUGUGAUUACUGUAAAAAUUAUGGUCAUAGUCUUGAACGAUGUUGGAAGGUACAUGGUUAUCCACUUAAUUACAAGACCAAUACCUGGAGAAGGCCAAAUGCUUCUGCUCAUCUUGCUCAGGGGGAACCUGACAUUUCUGAUGAUACUCUUGGUACUGCCGAACUUAUUUCCAGUCAGUAUAAACAUCUUCUGAACAUGCUCCAAAAGGAGGCUACCUGUUCUUCAGACAGUGCAACAAGCCUUUUUGCAGGACCAAUGGACCAAGACUCAAUGGCUUUUUGGUAGGCAAGUCCAUGGUCUUUAUCAUACAACUGCAAGAUUGACGUCACCUAGCAGCAAGAUUGAUCAUACUGCUCUCUCAAAAGAUUGCAAGAUUCAUAACAAAAUUGAUGUUUGUAAGUACAUAGCAAUAACAUUGUUUGUAGGCAUCUCAGAUUAGGACAUUCGCUGUGACAAUGCUAAGGAACUCACUGAGGGUAAUGCUCUCCGUUUUUACCAACAAGAUGGCAUUUUUCUUCAAACUAAUUGUAGAGACACUCCCCAGGAAAACGGGGUUGUUGAAAGAAAGCAUCGCCAUCUUCUUGAGGUUGCUAGAGCCUUGUCUUUUCAAUCCAAUCUCCCUCCUUCCUUCUGGGGUGAUUGCUUACAAUGUGCCACCUUUCUUAUCAAUAGAUUCCCUACUCCUACUCUUUAUGGUCUUACACCAUAUGAACUUCUCUACAAAAAGCCACCAGACUAUUCCAUUCUUAGAGCUUUUGGAUGUUUGACUUAUGUUUCUACUCUUAAGCAAGGACGCCAUAAGUUCGCUCCUUGAGCUGCUCCCCAUGUCUUCAUAGGGUACUCUCCUCAACAGAAAGGUUAUAAAGUUUAUAACCUCACUACCAAGAUUGUCUCUAUGUCUAGAGAUGUCAUUUUCUUUGAGACAUUUCCCUUAUCAUUACACUAACACUGCACCACCCGCACAACAAUUUUUCUUACCUCAUCUUCUUCUGAUCCUACCUUUUUGGAGUAUCCUGAACCUUCUCUUCCUUUCUCUGGCUCUUUUCAUCCUACUACCCCUACUACUCCCAUGCCCUCCCCUGCCAAUCCUUUAUCUCCUUCUCCCCCUCCUUCUCCUGUUCCCUCUCCCCCACCUUCUUCGAAGAUCACAAAGACAUAUCAAACCCCCAUCUCGCCUUCAAGCCUACCACUGCAAUCAUGUUACCUCAACACAUUGGUGUAACCUUGUCUCCUCCCAUGCCUUAUCUGCCUCUCAUAAACUCAUUUCUCAUCACCAUCAACAAUAUCUUGAACCUAAAACAUAUGCUGAAGUUGUUCAAUACCCUCACUGGGUUGCAGCCAUCAACACAAAACUUAAAGCCUUAGAGCUUAACAACACCUGGACACUUAUUGAUCUUCCAAAACACAAAAAAAGCCAUAGGGUGUAAGUGGGUCUUUAAGACCAAAUUGAAUGCUGAUGGUAGUUUAGAACGACAUAAGGCUAGACUUGUAGCCAAAGGUUACAACCAAAGAUAUGGGAUUGACUUUGAAGAUACUGAUCUCAGAAGAGUUCUCACUCCUUUUCCCUCUAACCUCAAACUUUCUGCAUUAGAAGGUAUCCCAUUGCCUGACCUAACCAUCUAUAGAAGUCUUGUUGGGAAACGCAACUUCCUCACCAACUCUAGGCCUGACAUCUCAUAGUCUGUACAGACAUUGAGCCAAUAUAUGCAACGUCCUACUGAAUCCAUUUUUCUGCUCUUAAACAUACUUUGUCUUAUGUCUCUUGUACUGCUGGCGAAGGCAUCUUGUUACAAGGCUCAGAUAAGCUCAACCUUCUAGCCUUUUCUAAUUCCGACUGGGCUUCUUGUGUGGAUACUCGCAAAUCAAUUUUGUGUGGAUACUCGCAAAUCAAUCACAUGUUACCUCAUUAUGCUGGGAAAAUCUCCUAUUAGUUGGAAGUCAAAGAAACAAUCCACUAUCUCCAAAUCUAACUCUGAAGCAGAAUAUAGAACUAUGGCAUCAACCUCUGCAGAGGUCACUUGGUUUGUUAGACUUCUACAUGAUUUUGGUCUUACCAAACUCCAGCCUGUGACUCUAUUUUGUGACAACCAAUUUGCUCUUCAUUAGCCAAGAACCUUGUCUUCCAUGGAAGGACAAAACACAUAGAAAUAGAUUGCCAUUUUACUCGGGACAAAGUGCUUGAAGGCCUCAUUCAGUUGUCCUAUUUCCCCACCAAGCUCCAACUUGUGUGCGGCGGUUGUAGAAUGAUUUUGCUGUACCUGAGAGGAGCGCCUAAUGUUCGUUGUGCCAUUUGUGAUACAGUUUCCCCUGUCCAACCUACGGGGUUGGAAAUGGAUCAAAUUAUAUGUGGUUGUUGUCAUACCUUACUCAUGUACUCUCGGGGAGCGUUAAGUGUAAGGUGCCUGUGUUGCCGCACUGUAAAUCUAACGAAUGGUACUCCAGUUUUUUGGCUAGGAGGAGCAUCAAAUCAAUAUUCCACAGUACGCUGUGGAAACUGCCAGAUGACACUUAUGUAUCCGUACAGAGCUCCAUCGGUCAAAUGUGCUAUAUGUCAAUAUAUCACAAAUGUUGGAACUACAAAUGGAAGCUUAUCAAGUUUUAAUAGACAAAAUGGUGUAUCUACUUCAUCAUCUCCUACUGCAUCUUUCCCGCUUUCCCAAAGUCAAACCGUGGUAGUAGAGAAUCCCUUGUCGCUCGACAGAAGUGGCAAAUUGGUUAGUAAUGUCGUCGUUGGAGUAACCCAAGAAAAGAUUAGUUCGAAGCAUAAUUGAACUGCACUAGGUCUUUCCUUCCGCGGAUGAAGCAAAUCUGAUUUGUUUCUGUUAAAGCAAGUACCAAUAAUCUUAAUGAUGACGUUAACUUUAAACAUAUAAUCGAACAUGCUUUGUCUUGUACUUUAGAGAGGGUCGAUAAAGAUGUAUCGAAUAUGGGUGGUUUAAGGUUUGGAACGGUUGAUGAGAGUUGCUUGAUCAAAGCAACAAAUAAAGAAGCAGAACAGUGAGUGGCUCGACCAACCGCUCGAUCGAGUGAAGUACUGCUCGACCGGUCGAGCGGUGUUGGCUUGGUCGAGCAAGAUGUCGAGCAAGGUGUGCAGAACAGGUCAGUAGCUUUACUGGAAGCUCGCUCGACCGAGCGAGGUAGUGGCUCGGGUCGAGCGAAAGUUCAGCAGACUACUUUGGAUUCUGUUUUGGUCAGAAUGUGAAGUGACUAUGCAAUUAUUUCGUGCAUUACUCUAUUGUUUAUUGUAAUGUUUAUUGUCAUAGUUAAUUAGGAUGUUACAUGUGAGUUUAUGGUGAUUUAUGAGGGAAUACUAAGAGUGAUGAAUAUCUUGGCUAUAAAUAGGAUUCAUCACUCAUAGUAACAACACCACAAAAAACACACAUGUUGUUGAGAGGGCUAUUGCAUUGUUAGAAACUUGAGAGUGUUCUUACUUUGCUUUAGUAUUUGUGAUCUUGAGAGAUUGUUCUCAAGAUAAGGGAGGUUUAUUAUAUUUGUAAUUGUUGAAUUCAUUAUAAUAAACUAUAUUUGAGGGGGAGGUAUUCA